GGGCGGGCGGUCCCUCAUGGCGGCGGGGCGGCCCCUGAGGGCGGCGGGGCCCGGCGGCCAUGGAGCACAUCAGCACGCCGAAGGUGGAGAACGUGAAGCUGUUGGAUCGCUACGCCAACAGGAAGGCGGCGACCGGGACGUUGUACCUGACAGCCACCCACCUGAUCUACGUGGAGGCUUCUGCUGAAGUCAGGAAGGAAACAUGGAUCCUUCAUCACCACAUUGCCAGUGUGGAGAAGCUGCCCCUGACCACAGCUGGGUACCCCCUGCUCAUCCACUGCAAGAACUUCCACGUGGCUCACUUUGUGCUGGGGCAGGAGCGGGACUGCCACGACGUGUUCACCUCCCUGCUCAAGCUCUCCCAGCCAGUGAAACCUGAAGAACUUUAUGCUUUCUCUUACAAUCCUAAAAUGUCUAAAGAGAACCGGGAAAUUGGGUGGAAACUAAUUGAUUUAAAACUGGAUUACCAGCGCAUGGGAAUUCCAAACGACUACUGGGAAAUAACGGAUAUUAACAAGGACUAUGAGGUUUGCAGCACAUACCCUCCAGAAAUCGUGGUGCCUCGAGCUGCCUCCAAGGCAGUGGUGAUGGGAAGUUCGAAGUUCAGAAGCCGAGGGCGGAUUCCGGUGCUUUCUUACUUGUAUAAGGAAAACAAUGCUGCCCUGUGCCGCUGCAGUCAGCCCCUGGCCGGGUUCAGCGCGCGCUGCCUGGAGGACGAGCAGAUGCUCCAGGCCAUCCGAGAGGCCAACCCCGGGAGCCCCUUCAUGUAUGUUGUAGACACAAGGCCAAAGUUGAACGCCAUGGCCAACCGAGCGGCGGGGAAGGGCUACGAGAACGAGGACAACUACGACAACAUCCGCUUCAAAUUCAUCGGCAUAGAGAACAUCCACGUGAUGAGGAGCAGCCUGCAGAAACUCCUGGAAGUGUGUGAAAUGAAAUCCCCCUCCAUGAGUGACUUCCUCACUGGGCUGGAGAACUCCGGUUGGCUGCGGCACAUCAAGGCUAUCAUGGAUGCAGGUGUCUUCCUUGCCAAGGCUGUGAGGGAGGAGAAGGCCAGUGUGCUGGUGCACUGCUCCGACGGCUGGGAUCGCACGGCCCAGGUCUGCUCCCUGGCUGGGCUCCUCUUGGACCCCUUCUACAGGACCUUCAAGGGCUUCAUGGUUCUGAUAGAAAAGGAGUGGAUUGCAAUGGGCCACAAGUUCUCCCACAGGUGUGGCCACUUGGAUGGGGACCCCAAGGAGGUGUCCCCCGUGUUCACUCAGUUUGUGGAGUGUGUCUGGCAGCUCAUGCAGCAGUUCCCCUGCUCCUUCGAGUUCAACGAGAGGUUCCUUCUGGAAAUCCAUGACCACGUUUACUCCUGCCAGUUUGGCAACUUCCUCGGGACCUGCCACAAGGAGCGGGAGGAUCUCAGAAUUUUUGAGAAGACCCAUUCUCUGUGGCCUUUCCUCUUACAGAGGAAGCAGGAAUUGAGAAAUCCUUUGUACAGAGGGUUUACAGCUUACAAAGAGCUUCAACCAAACACACUGCCUUUCAGCUUCCAGUUCUGGUGUGGGAUGUACAAUCGCUUUGACAAAGGGAUGCACCCAAAGCAGUGUGUGUUGGAUCAUCUGCUGAGCUGCACGAGCCAGAAGGUGCAGCUGGAGGAGGAUGCAUCUGAACUGGAAAACAAACUUCCUUUCCUCGACGGUCCUUUGCCCGGUGAAGCUUCCUCCUUCCCCAAAGCAGGACAUGCUGCUCCCAGCACUCCUCAGGACUAUGGAGGGGCAGCACCCCCUGUGCUGAGCAAUGGGACCUCCCCAGGGUCUGUGGGCUCAGCUGUGGACCAGAAGCACAAGGAGAACCUGUCCCACCACCACCAGGAUCUCGGUGCCUCCACGGAGGUGUCGGCCAGGAAUGCUCAGCACCAGUGAGGAGCUCUGGGAAUGCUCAGCACCAGUGAGGAGCUCUGAACUGUUGGGUGACACAGGCUCUGGUGGGGUGACCCCACGGGGUGCAGACCCCCCCAUUUACAGCUGAGUGUGAGUACAGGGUGUGCUGGGGGAGCAGGUUGGGUUUGGCACACAUCCCUGCGCAGCUGGAAUGAUGCAGAGCUGCCCAGGAGGCUCCUGGAGCUCGUGUAAACUCGGUUUUUGGUGGAAACACGUGUGUUUUUAAGGUUUGUGGCUGCCUGCCAGCACUGGUGUUUGAAGCUGGAAGAAAUCCUGGCCAGUCAAUGCUGGGAGUUGGGCAGUCUUUGUAAGCAGAGGAGGGAGGAUGCAGUCUGUCCGUGCUCAGUGCUGGUACAAGGUCAUCUUAAAGUGAUCAAAAAUUCCAGUUCAUCUUAAAAUGAUAAAAAAAACAAAACCCAUCCUUUCUUAGCUGUGAAUGACUCUCUGCAUGGACCCUCACCUUGUAGCAGAACUGACUCAGUUUUUGUUUCCUAUGCAUUUUUGUUAAACAAAACCAAACCCCCUCUGCCUUUUUCUGAGGUUGUUCUCAUGUCCAGCCACACCAUGUGCUGUUUUUAUUAUUGUAGUGUAAAGUGUAGUGUUGGGUCUUUGUAGUCAGUAUUUCUAAGGAGGUUUUUACCUGCUGCAGCCUCCCCAGGAUCUUUGCUGAUGCCCCUGAGUUCAGUAGCUUCUCUCUAAGCUGACCUCUCCAAGAAUAAGUUGUUCUGGACCUCAUUUACUGCAGCAAGCCAGAGUCAGCCUGGAACACGUGGAUUUUGGACCGGGGGGGGAUUAGAAACGAGAAAAGACAGGAAAACACUUCUGUGCCGUUUUUCCUCUCCUAUUUUAUGGUCUUGGUUAAGCUGAAGCAAGGCAGUGACUGUUCUAAGCUGGGAUCAGUGUGCUUUCCCCACAUCCACUGAUGAGGCAGCAGUUAGAGAUGAGCUGUGUUCUCCUGCUGAAAUGGGGCCUAAAAUGAUUUUAUCACUUGCUGAGUGAUUACAGGGAAUGCUGUCUUGGCUGUUAAAGUUACAUGGACUGUUGGGAUGUUUUGUCUGUGCCAUCAGGAUGUGGUGAGAUGAACAGUGAUUUUGUGACCCCUCAGUGGAACAUGAAGUGGACACGAACACCCUGGGAUGUGGCUGUGGCUCCAGGGCUUGUUAACACUACUUGGAUUCUUCCAUGUGCUGGAAUGUCAGCUGGAGAUGCAGGUUUAAAGCAGAGAUGUGUAUUGCAUCCAUACAGAAGCCCUGUAAAGAAACAAGGACUUUUUUUCCCCAAGGAACGGGUGUCCCUGUCACAAAUGAGUGUCUGAAGGUCCCUCAAAGCAUUCCCAGCAAAAUCAGGUUUCAUGGAACAGUGGAAGUGUGACCAAGUUCAUUGGCAAGGUUCACUCUGCUGCUUCAUAGAUGGGUAAAGCACACACAGAAGAAGCAAAUUAAAACUGAAAAUCAAUGACUGUAAAACCAAACCCAACCAAAAGUUAUCCACCUGAAGGCUGGGGAUGGAAAAGGGUCAGGAUAAGAAGGAAUAAGGGAGAGCCUCCUGUGGAGGCACAAGGUUCAGAGUGGACCACACUGCCAAACUGAGGUGGAUCAACAGUUUGGGCCUAAAGGUUUCAUAGGAUCAUAAGCAGCACUUAAAUUUAACAGCACUGAAUCCACAGCUGGAGGCAAACAACUUUCCAAAGGAUUCCUGCAGGAUUUACUAAAAGCACAACUCACUUGGAGGCUGCACUUCCUUACAGCUCCAAAGUACUUCAGGGGAGCAACAUUCCCAGUCCAUUGGCUGUGGCAUCCCACAGCCCUAAAGGAGUGUGUACAGGCAUAUCCCUGGGAAAAAUUCCCUUGGAAUUCCGUGAAGGACUCGGGUUGGAUGCCUUUGCAUGUUCUCAAAGGGUUGAGGUUUCAGCCCUGGCUCCUCCAAGUAGAGCAAACUUGAGAGUUUUUUUGGCUCUGAGAGGUGUCCUGCUCCAGGGGAGAUGCUGGUGCAGCCACCUGUGCUCCAGGAGAGCUCCAAGGGUCUCACUCAGGACCCCUGAGUUGGCUUUAGUCACUGUCAUUUUCCAUCCUGGCCACAAUUUGGGUUAGUAACUUUGCAAGAUCGAUAAAUAAUGUUUAAAAAUCAAUAAAAAUGUUGUUCUGCUUGUUCAGGCAAGAAAACUCAAGUUUCCAAGGCUGUGGGUUAAAAAGCAGGGGCUCAUUAUCCAGCAGAGCUCCUGGGAACAGCCUGUUUUUGAUGAGCUCAGGAGCUCAGCCCAGGGGCUGUUUGUCAAGGUCAAGGCCUAAGGAGCAUUUCUGAGGUCACAGCGUGGCCUGGGAGAGGUGGAGGAUGUUCCACCCCCCCAGGAAAACUGUCCCACAUUCCCUGUUCUGGACAAGCUUCUCCAGAUGUGCUUAAUUGCAGAGUCCCCUUGGGCGGUUAAUUCAGGGUGCUUUUCUGCUUGCUCUUGAAACUGUUGUUUAGGUGCUGCUGUUAAAUUUUAAACCCAGCUUUUCUCUUUUAUGAAGCAAGUCUUGAAGUGAGCCUUCCCAGCUUCCAGUAAGAAGCAGAACCAUUCCAUUAUAGCAUCAUAAAAUGCAAUAUCAGCCCCCCUCAUGUGUUUAUAACCCAGGGUGAAACCACUGGGUGAGGUUUGGUCUUCAAGGCAAAGUAGAACAAAACCAACCCAAAACUCCCCUGAGUGUCUCACUCGGGGUAAGAAAAGAUCUAUUUUAUUAGAGCUUCUUCACUGCCUGGAAUGGCAAAGAGGAAGUUUUUUAAUAUUGGGGGGUUGUCAGUCAUGAAGCAAAUAAUAGAGUUGUUUUCAAGGAAGGAGUGGGAGCUGAAAUGUGUGAUGGAUUGAAAACCAAGCACGUGAAACGCUGCCCCAGGGAUGACUUAUGGAUCAGCCCCGUCUCUGCUUUCCAGGUGUACAAGAAUGUACCAGCUUCUUGGAGAAAUCCCAAAUGGGAAAUGAGGCCCAGACAGGCAUUUUUUAUGACCAAGUAUUCUAGAGAUCAUCAGUUCUUUUAAUACCUUUAAUGUCUCUGAUUUUCAUUUGAGAUACUGAAUUGUAGAGGGUUUUAACUGACUCCUGAAGGUUUCAGACAUGCCAUUGAUUAAUUAUUGUGCAAAACCAGCUUGCAGGAGGAUUCUGUAAAUGUUUACACGUUGUCUUGUCUUUGGAAUUGCCACAGAUUACCUUGAGAAGGUUUAAUUAUUAUUAAUUAUUCCUGAUCUCCACCAAAUCCCCUUGACUACAACAUUACUCCAGGUGUGUGUAACCACCAGCAGGUCACUUCAGAGCCUGCAAGUGUUGGUAACUUGUAGUAACCUUGCUGCUUUCGACUUCAGUGACAGAACAGUGGUGACUUUAUCCUGGGAAGUGCAAAAAUUCAUGUCCUGUCUUUUUAAACCUCUUGGAUUUAAUGUGUACAGACUUGGCCAAACCUGCAGUGUAUUAAAAAAUCAUUCCUGCUGGUGCUGUAAUUUAGGGAGCUGGAAAGGAUUCCAGGCUUUCCUGGCUCUCCAUGAGGUUACUGGUCUGAAAAGCCAUUGGCAAGAAGCUUUUUAGUGCUGGGGUGCUUGAAGACCAAACAUGAAGGUCAGGGGGGAUCUCCUUCCUGAAGCAUUGCAGGAAGCCUGUGUUCCCUCCUCAUGGAAUGCCCUGCUGACUUGAGUCUCUGUUCCCUGGAAGUGUUGUAGGAGUGGAAAAGCUGUUACACAGGAAUCUGCUUCAGCAAGGCCUGUGUGGGUGAGAAUUACUGGGAUUUAUUUAUUCCUAGUGGGGCUUCCCUGCGUCCUGAGGUCAGAAAUGCUGCUUUUAUUUGGAGCCCUUAAGUGGACAAUGCAACUUCCUUCCAUUUGGAUUCCUCUGACUGGGAGAACUGGGAGGGAGGAGGGAUCUGUUUGUGUAAAACUGGUUCUUUUCUGGAGCUCCUCUUGCUCCACCAGGUCCCUCCAAGGCUUUCCUGAGACCCUCCUGCUGCACCCCACUGUAACCUUGCAGUGAUAACCUUUAACACAUUUUGUGGUGAAACCACUGCUUUGGAGUAGAAGAGGGACCUGUGGAACUUCAUUUCUCAGUGGAAAUGUCUCAAUGGGAACUUUGGUGGAUCCUUAAACUCUGUCUUGUUUUGCAGUUGGCAGAGAACAUGCAGUGGGUGCUCCUUACUCUGAUGGAAAAAAAGGGAAUAAUGGGUUUGUCCAUAGUUUUAGUUCUCCAUGGCCUUUUUAUGGUGAGAAAAAGCAGUGUGUUAAAGGCUUUGGGUGUAGUUUCUUCCUGGCUGCCUGGUCCGUUCCUGUGCUCAGUGGUUGCCUGAGUAAAGUCCUUGGAAGAAAACUGCCCCUGCAGUGUGGCUGGUGCACAAAUGCCUGGGAUGGAGGAGGACACUUGCUUGGAGGCAGCUGGGAAGCUUUGCUUGCCUUCAGUUGUCUUCAGGAAGCUUCUGGAGUCCUGGAGAGCAGGAUUUGCCAGGAGCUGAAGGUGUGCUUUGGGGGAUUUCCACCUGGAGUGAGGCCUGCUGGGAUUACAGGUUGGACUGUCCAGGCUGAAGAGUUCUGUGACUGCUGUUCCAGCGGGUUUGGAGCCAGAGAGCCCUGGCAGGAGUUCCCAAAGCUGCAGCACCCUCAGGAGAAGCAUUCCAAAGGGAAGAGCUCCUGUUCCAGGCACUGCUGCCCUUCACCUCCUGGCAAACCUGGUCCUUGGGCAGCCCCAGUGCCUGAGGGUCCCCUCCCAAAGGAUCAUUCCUUGGCACAGGGCAGGGAUGGAUACCAUGAGGGACCAGGAGCAUUCCAGCAGUGCCUGUCCCACCACUCUGGGUGCUGGGGUUGUUUGUGUGGGGACCAACCCAGUUCUUCCUUGUUUACAUCCCAGCCCUCACGCACAUCCAGCCACUUCCCCGGGGGGAGGAGCUGCUCUGAAUGUACCAGUUUUAAUUACUGCCCAGCACUUGAUUAAUUAGCUGAGGAACCAGGUGGGUGCCAGCAGCAGUCGGUGUCAUUUGUUGGGGCAGGUGUUGUAAUUAUUCCAUUAAUGUGACGUCCAGUUAAUAAUUACAUUAAUUUACUGGCCCCUCUGCAGCGCAGGAGGGGGACAGGAGGGCAGUGGGUGCUGUGCCUCCCCCACCAUUUGUCUCUGUAAAUGCAUCUGUAUUUACUGUAGCAGGUACUCCUGCAGUAACUCGUAGCACUGGAUCCCACCCCAAGCCCGGGUGGACCUUCCCUGUCGUCCAAAGUGAUCUCUGUGGGCACAUUCCCAAACCUGUGUGUAGUGCUGGCUGGCAGUGUUAGUGGUGCUGUUUGUCUGUGUCACUGCUGAGGGACAGCUGGGUCAGCUGUGGGUGGUGAAACCCCCUGUUCCAGAACAUUCCCUGUGUGUCACUUUAGUUCAUGCACUGCUUGAAAAAGUAACUGUCCCAUCUUUAGAGAAGCACUGUGGGUUUUUCUCUCUAAAUGUAUUUGUCCCGGGAAGUUACACUUGUAUUAUGGUUUAUUUUUAUUCCCUACAAAAAUAAACACCUUGCCUUUUUAAAGUAAAUAAA